AUGUCGCGUAAAAACUCACCACCAGCAGAGGAAGAUACUAUUAUGUUGGAUGAUACGGAUAGAGAGAGUGUAGUUGGCCCAGAAGUGGGACCUUUAGGAGUAAAUUGGAGUAAGCUCAGACUAGUUGAUUUGCGAGCUAUGUGUAAAAGGUGCAACCUACCUUCUGAGGGCACCAAAACAGAGUUAGUUGAAAGGCUAGAAGAUUUCUGGAACGAGUCAGAAGAAGUAGAAAAACUACAAAAGGGUAAGCAGAAGUUGGUAGAUGAGGGUGGCAACAAAGAAAGUGUUCAACCAAGUAGCUCCGAAUGGCAAGAGUAUGAUAUUUUGAGGUUCAUGAAAAACAGACUAGAGGAGAAAAUUGAGUCUAAAUUUGAGAGUGCAGUGAUGGCAGUUCUGGAAAGGAACCUUCAACAAUUUGCAUCACAGUUUAGAAACCUUCAAGAAGUAUCAGUGGAGACUAAGUUCCCGGAAAAGAAAUUUAAAAGAAUAAGGAACCAACACGAAUAUGAUUUUGUUUGUCAAGUUGGCAAGCUACUCACUAAAGCUAUUCAGGAGGAACCGAUAGAGAGGAUACAUGAGGCCUUUAACCCUGCACCAACAGAAAAAGAUGAGCUUCAUGAGUUGUUGAUAGAGGCAAGAAAACAGGCGAAGCCAAAGGAACAUAAACCUUUCCAGAGUUUCAAGAAUAGUUACAAUAGGGGGGGUUAUUUAUCUAAAGGGCCUAGUUCACAACAUUUUACACCAUACCUCCAAGUACAAGAUUUAUGA